AUGCGCACUUUCGCUACCAACUUUUUCUCUACCGUAUUCCUUGCUGUACUCCUUGUCAAGGCUGCGCCCAGCCCAGCCUAUUCAAAGGGCUCUACUCACCAAGUCAAGACCAUCGGUCGCGACUUGAAGGUCGAGAGCUACCAUCCGACGGCGUCAUAUAAGACUUAUGGAGAAGGGAAGGAGGUCGCCUCGUUCGUUAACGGUGACCUACAGACAUCUACCAUUUCCUUUGUCGCCUCAGAGCUCGGCAUUGAUUCUUCCGCCAUUGCCUAUAGCUCUGGCCACACUGCAGAGAACGGAAUGAGCUACGCGUAUGCGAAGCAGUAUCAUGACGGGGUUCCUCUGGCGAACGCCGUUGCGAAUGUGGCUUUCAAGAAUGGCAAAGCAGUUGUCUUUGGGUCAUCAUUCGUGGAUACUUCAAACAUAGCAUCAUCCGAGCCAUCCAUCGCUAUCGAUUCAAUUAUUAGUAAGGUUGAGGACGUGCUUUCUGCCACCUACAGUGGGGUGAACUCGCUCGAAUAUCUCGUCCAGUCGGAUGGGUCUAUUGCACUCACUCAUGUAGUUCAAGUCCGAAACGUCACCACCAAUGCAGGCUACGAAGCAUUUGUUGAUGCGCAUUCAGGAGAUAUCCUUGCCCUCACUGAUUUCCUCGCUGAAGCUACGUACACGGUGUUACCUAUAACUAAACAGAACGUGUUGGAGGGCGAAGAAACUCUGGUCGAUCCCGAAGACCUUGAUUCUUCUCCCAUAGGAUGGGUACAGAACGCUGAGACCGCCGGAAACAAUGUCGUGGCCUAUAAGGGAACUCCGACGAAUACGACUGUUGAAUCAUCCACCGACAUGUUUGAUUACCCAUAUGAUGUCGACUUCGACCCAACGGAGGGAGGUAACAUUGACGCAGCCCGUACCAACGCCUUCUAUAUCAUUAAUAAAGUCCACGACUUCACGUACAAGUAUGGCUGGACUGAGUCGGCGUAUAAUUUCCAAUUGGACAAUUUCGGGAAGGGAGGAGCUGAAGGAGAUCGUGUGCAGAUGUCCGUACAGGAUCCUUCAGGAUUCAAUAACGCUAAUUUUCUGACUCUUCCCGACGGUCAGAACGGUACUUGCCGCAUGUACAUUUUUACUUUGACUACCCCCCGUCGUGAUGGAGACUUUCAGAAUGAUAUCAUCGUUCAUGAGUUUACGCAUGGUCUCACUAAUCGUAUGACUGGCGGCGGAACAGCUCGGUGCUUGCAGAUCACUGAAUCUCGGGGUUUGGGUGAAGGAUGGUCUGAUGCGAUGGCAGAGUGGACGGAACAAAAGAGCGGGAACAUCACCGACUUUGUAACAGGAACCUGGGUCUUGAACAAUACUGCCGGUGUACGCCACUUCCCAUACUCCACAGAUCCUGCUGUCAACCCCCUCCGUUACUCGUCACUUGCUUCACUCUCCGAAGUUCAUGAUAUCGGGGAAGUAUGGGCUAACAUGCUGCACAACGUAUAUGCGGUGCUUGUUGAAGCGCACGGAUGGUCGGCGACUGCUAUGGACGAUGCGUCUGGGUCAGAAGGAAAUGUCGUUUACCUCCAUCUUUCAUCGAUGCACUUGCCCUGCAGCCUUGCAAUCCUACCUGUAAUCGUGAACGCGCGCGACGCCUGGAUCCAAGCUGACGUGAACGGCUACAAUGGGGCCAAUUCUUGCAUCCUCUGGAACGCGUUUGCGAGCCGUGGUUUGGGAAUGAACGCUGCGAACUACGUCGAUGAUGAGACUGUUCCUGACGGUUGUUAAGCACGGAGGUCAAGAACGAUUAACAUUGUCGGCAUAUGAGUGGUCGAAC